CUCCAACAAAUCUAGCUAGCCGAACGUAGCACACUACAGAAGCCACCGCGCGGCGACACCUCCCUCUUCCCUGUCCCUGGCUCGCAAUCAUCAUCAGCGAACUGAUCUUCGGCGCGGCCAUGGCAGCGCCCGCCCUGCCGCUGCCGCUGGCCGUCGCCGCGGCGCUCCUGGCGCUGGCGGCGGCGUGGCUGUGGGACUACGCCGUGGCGCGCCACCUGCUGCGGCCCCGCGCCGUGGCCUCCGUGCUCCGGGCGCAGGGGGUCCGCGGGCCGCCCUACAGGUACCUCCGCGGCAGCAACGGCGACGUCCGGAGGAUGAAGGCGGAGGCCGACGGCGCGGCGCUCGACGCUCGCGACCACGACUACCUCCCCAGGGUCGUGCCGCACUUCCUCGCCUGGAAGUACAAGUACGGAGCGCCGUUCCUGUACUGGUUCGGUCCGCAACCGCGCAUCUGCCUCUUCGAUUACGAGUCGGUGAGGCAGGUUCUCUGGAACAAGUCCGGGCAUUUCACCAAGACCGACACGCACCCGACUAUCCUGGCGAUGCUCGGCAAAGGGCUGGUGCUGGUGGAGGGCACCGACUGGGUGCGGCAUCGGAGGGUAGCCAAUCCGGCUUUCGCCAUGGACAAGCUGAAGAUGAUGACGACGACGAUGGUCAGCUGCGCCGAGCGGCUGAUCAGGGAGUGCGAGGAGCUUGCGGCCACCAACAAGAGCGGCGAAGUGGAAGUGGAGUUCAGCAGACACUUUCAGGAGCUGACAGCAGAAGUUAUUUCCCGCACCGCUUUCGGGAGCAGUUACAAAGAGGGAAAAGAGGUCUUCCGUACACAGAAGCAGCUCCUGGCACUUGCCAUGGCGACUCUCCUCAAUUUGCAACUGCCAGGAUUCAAGUAUCUUCCUACUAAAAACAAUAGACUGAAGUGGAUGCUAGAAAAGAAGAUGAGGACGACGCUCAUGGCGAUCAUACAGCCGCGGUUAGCAUCGAAAGGAAGCGGAUUCGGGGAUGAUCUGCUCGGUUUGAUGCUCGAGGCUUGCUUCAUGACAGAACAAGGAGAGAAACGAGAUGAGCUGGCCCUGACCAUGGAUGAGAUCAUAGAUGAGUGCAAGACGUUCUUCUUUGCAGGGCAUGAGACCACAUCCCACUUGCUUACCUGGGCAGUGUUCUUGCUCAGUCUGCAUCCAGAAUGGCAGGAGCGGCUAAGAGAGGAGGUUCUGAGAGAAUGCGGAAAGGCAAAUCCUACUGCAGACAUGCUUAGCAAACUGAAAGAGAUGACAAUGGUGCUCCUUGAGACACUAAGACUCUAUGGCCCUGUUUUGACCAUGCUAAGGAAGCCCAUAUCCGACAUAAGACUGGGAAGCCUCAGUAUCCCUAAAGGCACUGGAAUUAUGAUACCUAUUCCAAUUCUUCACCGAGACAAAGAGGUUUGGGGUGAAAAUGCCAACGAGUUUGAUCCGUUAAGGUUUGAGAAUGGGAUCACAAAUGCAGCAAAGACCCCACAAGCCCUUCUAUCAUUCUCAAUAGGACCAAGGUCAUGCAUCGGUCAGAACUUUGCAAUGUUGGAAGCAAAGUCAGUGAUGGCCAUGAUCCUGCAGAAAUUCUCCUUCACACUUUCCCCAAAGUAUGUGCAUGCACCAACAGAUCUUAUAACACUUCAACCGAAGUUCGGCCUUCCCAUAGUUUUGAGGCCACUGGAUGUAUAAUGCUAGAUGGUUCUGUGGCUAUGGAGCUAGACCGGACACAAAGCAGAGAGGACCAACUCUCGCUGAGGAAGACUGCGCCUCUGCCUGAGUGUCGAGCGCUGAUCUGUGUUUUCCCUGCGCAGGCGCGCCAUUCGGCUCAACAGAAGGAAGUGUGGCUUUGUCCAAAUAAUGUUGUGACAGUCAAAAUGAAACCACAACAAAAACAGGAUACAGCUGCUGCAGCGACCCUUGCCGUGCCGACCGUUCUGCUCCAGGGUGCUGCUGCUUCAUGGAGGUUCAGUACGGCAUGCUUGUUCCAUCAAUUCUGACAGGCUGAAUUCAGCACCGUAUAGAUCAAGCCAUAAGACGUGCGCUCACUGGCGGACCUCUGUAGAGGCCAAACGGGGUAGUGGCCCCCCUUGGCCAGGAAAAUUUCUUUAAGAUAUAGUAUAUUAGCACAGCUGUACACGGUAAAUUAGCUAAGUUAGCACUAAUUGGCCCCUCCUUUCAUAUAGUUCAUGUUCUGCCACUGCGUGCGCUCUCUGUUCCAGCUCUGCUUGAGAUUUUCUGUCCUGCUGUGCUUCUUCCAUGCUAGUUUGUGUCAGACGGGAUUCGCUUAAACUGUAGCCCAAGAUGGACUUUGGAAUAAAUCCGUUUAGGAAUCAAAGAUGUGCACAAAGCCAUGCAGAGAAUCUGUUUAUCUGGCUCAGGAAAAGACAAUCUAGUUCUU